CCGCCUUCCUCCCACCGAAAAAUAAUCCUCGGAGUGCCUGACAGUGCCCGUCCUGAGCGCUCGCGGCGCCGGGGCCUGAGGCUGGGCUCCGAGUCCGGCACCUGGCAAAGUUGGAGCGGAUCUCCCCGAACGGGGCGCGGGCAGCAGGGCGCUGCCCAGGGGCCGCUGGGGCCAAGCCCGGGGCAGGGCCGGGCCGGGCGGUGCCAGGGGCCCUAGCGGGGCAGGCGGCGGCGCCCCGCGUCCUGGGCUGGGCAUGGAGGGGCGGAGAGGGCAGAGCCCCGGGUCCUGCAGCGCUCGGCUCGGCCAGACUCAGCCCCCUGCUCCUGCUGCUGCUUGAUCUGAAUGUGCUGAGGCUGGAGCUGCCCCCAGAGCUGCUGUGAUGGCGGCAGCGCGGGCUCCGCACCGGGACUCGCCCUGCCCGCAGCAGCGCCCUCGCUGAAGGCGGCGCGGCCCGCGCCCCGGGGAAGGGGGGCUGCAGCAGCCCGGCGAGCCGCCCACCCGCGCCGCGGGCAUCGCCCCCGCUCGCCUCCCUCCAGUCCCCGCAGGGCGGAAAGGCGGCGGCGGCGGCGGCAUUGUGAAGCGCGCAGCGGAUCGCAGGCCCGGGAGCAGCGGGGCUCGCUCCCGCCCGCCCGAGCCCGAUGAGCCAGCCGGACAGCAGCGCCCCGGAGCCGGCGGCGGCGCCGGGAGAGCAGGCUGAUGAGAGCAGCAGUACUGGGAAGAGAAGCUCUUCAAGCAGGGAGCACUUGAAGAGGAGCCCGAAGAGCCCAAAAGCAGAGGGCUCUGAUUCUGUGACAUCUCAGUCCUCGCCGAGUGAAGAGCCCGGAACAAUGACGGAGGUGAAGGUGAAAACAGAGAUACCAGAUGACUAUAUUCAAGAGGUGAUCUGGCAGGAUGACACCAAAGAUUCCAAGAAAAACAUAAAGGAUGGGCCAGGAGAUGUGCCAGCAGAAAUCUGUGUGGUGAUUGGAGGGGUCCGCAACCAGCAGACACUUGAUGGAAAAGCAGUGGAACACAGCUCUCCUGUUGGAUAUACACGAAAUCGAUACUCAGGCACCUGGAUUUUUGACCAUGCAUUGAGAUACACAUCCGGGUCUUAUGAGUGUGGAAUAUGUGGGAAGAAAUACAAGUAUUACAACUGUUUCCAGACCCAUGUGCGGGCACAUAGAGACACUGAAGCUGCCUCAGGUGAAGGAGCCUCACAAGGCAACAAUUUUAGGUACACAUGUGACAUUUGUGGGAAAAAAUAUAAAUACUACAGCUGUUUCCAAGAGCACAGAGACCUGCAUGCGGUGGAUGUUUUUAGUGUGGAAGGGGCCCCAGAAAACCGGGCAGACCCGUAUGACCAGACAGUCAUAGCAGCAGAUGAAGUGAAAGAGGAGGAGCCAGAACCAUUUCAGAAGAUUGGUCCAAAAACUGGCAAUUAUACAUGUGAAUUCUGUGGCAAGCAGUACAAAUAUUACACUCCCUACCAGGAACAUGUGGCGUUGCAUGCACCAAUUAAGUUCUCUCGAUCUCCACUCUUCGUGGCAGUGAAGACACAGGCGAGCCAAUCCGGCAAAAAAACACCGGCCUCCAUAAUCCGAUGUUCCACCCUCCUGCACCGCUCCCCGUCCGGUAUCCCACCGGCAUCCCAAUCCCAGAUGUUCCGCGCUCCAAAUUCUGGAUCCCCAGGAAGCAAGGCCACGACAGCAGAAAGCGCAUUCAGUAGGAGAGUGGAAGGCAAAGUGCAAAACAACUUUGAAGAAACAAACAGCAGCUCCCAAAACUCUAGUGAAACCGCAAGUCCCCUGAUUUCAAAUCCUUUCCCGCUUUUACAAAAACCUUACACCUGUGGAGCUUGUGGAAUCCAGUUUCAGUUUUAUAACAAUCUGCUGGAGCACAUGCAGUCCCAUGCAGCUGACAAUGAGAACAAUAUUGCCUCUAACCAACCCAGAUCACCUCUGACUGUUGUGGAAGAAAAGUGGAAACCACAGCUCCAAAGAAACAAUGCCAAUAAUACAUCUGCAAGUGGUUCAGUAGCAAACAGUGCAAUCCCGGAGAAGGAGCGGCAGAACAUUGCUGAAAGGCUGCUGCGAGUGAUGUGCACCGACCUCGGAGCUUUGAGUGUGGUGAGCGGGAAGGAAUUCAUCAAGCUGGCCCAGACCUUGGUGGAUAGUGGUGCUCGCUACGGUGCUUUCUCUGUCACAGAAAUCCUUGGCAACUUCAACACACUGGCGCUGAAGCAUUUGCCUCGGAUGUACAACCAAGUGAAAGUGAAAGUCACCUGUGCCCUGGGCAGCAAUGCCUGCCUAGGCAUAGGUGUCACUUGCCACUCUCAGAGCGUUGGCCCUGAUUCCUGCUACAUCCUGACAGCUUAUCAGGUUGAAGGCAACCACAUCAAGAGUUAUGUCCUGGGAAUUAAGGGUGUGGACAUCCGAGAUAAUGGUGAUUUUAUCCACCACUGGGUGCAGAACGUGAUGUCUGAGUUUGUGAUGUCGGAAAUCAGGACAGUGUACGUCACAGACUGCAAAGUCAACUCCUCUGCGUUCUCCAAGGCAGGCAUGUGCUUGCGUUGUUCGGCCUGUGCCUUGAACUCAGUCGUGCAGAGCGUGUUGAGUAAGCGAACACUACAGGCUCGCAACAUGCACGAAGUCAUCGAGCUCCUGAAUGUCUGUGAAGAUUUGGCAGGAUCCACGGGCCUCUCAAAGGAGACCUUUGGCUCUCUGGAGGAGACGUCUCCCCCACCCUGCUGGAACUCAGUGACUGACUCCCUCCUGCUUGUCCAUGAGCGUUAUGAGCAGAUAUGCGAGUUCUACAGCAGAGCCAAGAAGAUGAACCUCAUCCAAAACCUGAACAAGCAUCUUCUCAGCAACCUGGCGGCCAUUUUGGCCCCAGUGAAACAAGCAGUGAUUGAACUGAGCAAUGAGAGCCGGCCCACCCUGCAGCUGGUACUGCCCACCUACGUGAAACUGGAGAAACUGUUCACUUCCAAAGCCAAUGACGCUGGCAUAGUCAGCAAGCUUUGCCACCUCUUCCUGGAGGCAUUGAAGGAGAACUUCAAAGUUCACUCUGCACACAAAGUAGCCAUGAUCUUGGACCCUCAGCAGAAGCUGCGGCCAGUCCCACCAUACCAGCAUGAAGAGAUCAUUGGCAAGGUCUGUGAAUUGAUCAAUGAAGUGAAAGAGUCCUGGGCAGAAGAACCAGAAUUUGAACCUUCUACCAAGAAACCACGGGCAGCAGGGGAGGCCCCGCCAGCUCAGGAAGAAGAGCAGUUUGGGAAAAAUGAAGUCUACGAUUAUUUGCAAGAACCCCUCUUCCAGGCCACCCCUGAUCUAUUUCAGUACUGGUCAUGUGUUACCCAAAAGCAUACGAAACUAGCCAAGUUGGCCUUUUGGCUCUUAGCAGUGCCUGCUGUCGGGGCCAGAAGUGAAUGUGUAAAUAUGUGUGAGCAGGCGCUCUUAAUCAAAAGGAGGCGGCUGCUCAGUCCAGAAGACAUGAACAAACUCAUGUUUUUGAAGUCCAACAUGCUUUAAAACUGUCUUUUAAUUAAAAAAAAAAAUUAAAACACUGUUCCAAACAAAGAAAAGAAUUUAAGUUCUAAACACUGUGGACCUCAUUAUGAAAGCCCCUGGAAACCAAGUGCUUAUAUAUAUG